GAUCCUAGCGCCGGCAAUGACGACCAUUUGUAGUUUAAUCUCUUCCUUAUUAACCCUUAAGAAUACUGGCGCGACACCCAGUACCUCCAAAGCUUGUUGCAUUCAGAUAAGCUGUAUUUGCCCAUCCUCUUUCAACCGUCGUGGUACCCUCGGAAUCAGACACUGCGGCGGCAGCUGGGGAAGGAACUGUGCCAUUAGCACCGGCGGCUGGAGCCCUAAUACGUGGAGCUGCCUGCUCUUUUUACCUGGCCAUCAUGAUAGCUUCGUCUCAGAGGAGGAUGGUAUAAGCGCAUUUCUUCAGAUUCUUCCUAACGAUUUGAGGGACUCUCUGUUGGCCGACUGUAGGCUAGAGCAGCUGCUAGAGGUGAUAUUGGAUUUGGGCCGUUUACCACAGGCACAAUACUUGGGUGAUUUUGGUAGGAAGUGGCUAAGAAAAACUGAGGGGUAAGUCUACAUCUUGACCCCCACACCCAACUGAGUUGGGAUUAUACUGGGUUUCAAUGGCUUGAUUGUAUAUUAUUCCACUUAGGUGUCACUUGAAGACCUUGAGUACGUUCAAAAUGCAGUUGGACAAUUCGGAGGCGACAACCGAGCCGGAAUCGAGGGUAGCUUGCACCGGGUUUCUUCUAUUAAGAGUAGGCAGGGGGAAGUCAUUGGGUUGACUUGCCGAGUUGGUAGGGCAGUCAAAGGUCAGAUUGACAUGGUCAGGGAUUUGCUUGAAUUUGGUGAAAGCAUCUUGUUUCUUGGAAGGCCUGCUGUUGGCAAAACUACAGUACUGAGAGAGUUAUCCCGUGUCUUGGCUGACGAGCUUCAUAAAAGAGUGGUGAUUGUUGACACCAGCAAUGAAAUAGGAGGUGAGGGGGAUGUUCCACAUCCAGCAAUAGGGGGUGCAAGAAGACUGCAGGUAAAAAAUCCUUCUAUGCAGCACCAAGUGAUGAUAGAAGCAGUUGAGAAUCACAUGCCUCAGGUGAUAAUUAUUGAUGAGAUUAGCACUGAAGCUGAAGUUCAUGCAUGCCGUACAAUUGCUGAGAGAGGAGUUAUGCUUAUUGGCACAGCUCAUGGAAAGAAACUGCAGAAUAUAAUAAAAAAUCCAACUUUAUCUGAAUUGAUAGGUGGUCUAGAAUAUGUGAUUCUGACUGAUGAAGAAGCUCGGACUAGGAAUAGCAGGAAGGGUGUUCUUGUGAGGAGAGCUCCACCAACAUUUCCCUUUCUCAUUGAAAUAAGAGAGAGACACUAUUGGGUUGCACAUAGGACCGAGAAAAGUGUGGAUGCUUUGCUUUGUGGAAGAAAGCCAAUCGUUGAGGUUAGGAAGAGAGAUGAACAAUUCAAGUUGGUGAUUCAGAGAUGGAAAAUAGAUGAUUGAGUCUCUUGUACGCAGUAGAAAUAUUUUUGCAAGUCAUGACUCAAACAUAUAUGGAUGUUUGGGUCAAAAGUGGAAUAUUCAGAAAUGCAUCUCUUGUGCUCAUCAUGAAUGGUAGUGACAUUCUAUGCACAAAUGUUCCUUUGAGUUUAACUGUCAUUUCCUUGCAAGGCACCAAGAAAUUUUUUUUUGGGCA